CGUUUGUGGGGCAGCCGUUCUCCGCUGAUUGUACAGGUUUCUUCGGGUUUUUUAAAACUUGUUCAAAAACACAGACUUAUCUAUCGACAACUUCUUUGUCCUCGCCUGAUAGCCAAACGCGUUCCGUCAGUUUUGCAAUAAAAUCCAUCUAAAUCCCCAAUUUAACCGUGUUUCAUUUUAAUGACCAGUUUUGUUGACAGCUGUCAGAAUCUGUCGAAGAACUCAUAUUACAUUAUACGUCGCAUGUAUACACCUUAAGUGGGUGGAGGUUCGAGUCGUUGUGUAUGUUUAUUACGGAUAUUCCUGAAGAACUAAAAAUUCGUGAAGGAUGACAAUGGGCGAUGAGACCCCAGUUACAUCACUCGUACUUCCAGUAAUAUUACGCCCAAUAUUAUCAAAGUUGGAACGACAAAAUGUGAGCGCUGCCCAAACACUACGCUCUGCUUUCUCCAAGGCAGAGAGCUCCCACCCUGGAGUCACACAUGAUCUAGUAUUAGGAAUUGUUCGCCGAGCAGACCUAAAUCUAAAUAUGAAUGAGAGCAUCCUGCGACUUCAGGGCAUUGCCUCAGAUGUUGACGUAGUCGAGUAUCGCUUGGCCCGAUCAGAGGAUGCAUUUCAGGAGUUGAAUAGAAAGUCUGCUUCAUUGAAAAAAAUAUUGAGCAGGAUCCCCGACGAAAUUGCUGAUAGAAAAACAUUUUUGGAAACAAUCAAAGAAAUCGCAAGCGCGAUCAAAAAGUUGUUGGAUGCAGUCAAUGAAGUUGCUGGGUUUAUACCAGGAUCUGCUGGAAAGCAGGCCUUAGAACAACGCAAGCGAGAGUUUGUUAAGUAUAGUAAAAGAUUCAGCAAUACGUUGAAGGAAUAUUUUAAGGAGGGGCAAGCAAACGCGGUGUUUGUUAGUGCACUCUAUUUGAUUCAUCAGACAAAUAUGAUCAUGGUUACUGUGAAGAAUAAGUGCGAAUAAACAAGUAUUGGUAAGAAUGGCAACUGUUCUGGGAGGAAUAAAAUUACUAAUAUAACGUGCAGAGACGCAGAUAUUGGAUGAGGCUCAAUCUGAGCAAAGUAUUUGGCAGAAAGCUACGAAUUUAUGUAGUGGAGUAGCUCUGAUGUAUGGCAUUGUUGUUGACUAAUCAAAUAUUAUAUAGAUCCACAUAUGUUACCUGUGUCACCUACUGUCCCAUGUCCCCAUAUAUAUCCUAGGUUUAAAUAAAAUAAAACUAUUUGACAAGGUAAAA